UAAAGAACAUAAUAGAUUAAUUAAAUAGUAAUUUUCUUAAAAUAAAAAGAGAUUUUCCAAAUAGAGAAUUUCAUCGCAUCCUUACCGCUGCAGUGCUAUUCUGAUGCGAAUAAGGAAAAAACAGGCAAUGGCUGGUUUGUCUAUCUGCAGUGCUCUGUGACAUCUACUAUGGCUGCAAGUCUGCUUUCACAGUCUCUCUUUCAAUACAAACCCUCUAUUCCCCUCGAGAUGCUUCAAAACCCUCGUCUACCUUCCCCCUCAACCGUCUCUCUUCCAUCAAAAUUGAACUUUGAGGCGAAGAGGGAAAAUGGGUUCGUUGCAAAGUGUUCAAUGGCCGUCACAGGAUCGAAUUCUUCGGCUGCGGUUUCGAUUAAUAGGGAGAUGAAGAAUCCCAUAAUUGUCAUUGACAACUAUGAUAGCUUUACUUAUAAUCUUUGCCAGUACAUGGGGGAGUUAGGAUGCCACUUUGAGGUUUAUCGGAAUGAUGAGUUAACUGUGGAAGAGUUAAAAAGGAAAAAUCCAAGAGGGGUGCUUAUAUCCCCAGGACCAGGCACACCACAAGAUUCUGGAAUAUCAUUGCAAACUGUUUUGGAGCUUGGACCUCUAGUGCCCUUGUUUGGUGUGUGUAUGGGGCUGCAGUGCAUUGGAGAGGCUUUUGGAGGGAAGGUUGUGCGUUCUCCUUAUGGUGUCAUGCAUGGGAAAAGUUCUCUCGUAUAUUAUGAUGAGAAAGGAGAAGAUGGCUUGUUUUCUGGGUUACCAAACCCAUUCACUGCUGGGAGAUAUCAUAGCUUAGUGAUUGAAAAGGAGAGUUUCCCUAGUGAAGAACUUGAGAUUACAGCAUGGACAGAGGAUGGACUAAUAAUGGCUGCUCGUCACAAAAAGUAUAAGCAUCUGCAGGGGGUACAGUUCCAUCCAGAAAGCAUUAUAACAUCAGAAGGCAAGACAAUUGUUGGCAAUUUCAUCAAACUGAUAGAGAGGGAGGAGGCUGAAUCUCAAAACUAGUAAACAUACCAUGGUAUGCUUAAAUAGAAAAGUAGAGAUAUGUUUUGGGGGGGGGGGGGGGUGGGGGUGGGUUGGUUGUGUGGUGUGUGGUGUGGUUGGAGAGUGUAGCCUUUGGUUUGGUACUUUGUUUCAUGACAUUUUCAAAAGCAUGUUUUUGUUAUCUGUACAAUCUAUGCCUAAUGAAUAGUUGAUAAUUAAAUAAUUUCUGUAGUUGUAGCAAACUUUUUCUUUAACAAUUCAGGGGCACAACACAUUUCUAGAAAGAUCGCCCUUCUUAUCUCAACCGGUUAUGUAUGCAGUUUGUGGAAAACUGCAGAAUGAAGUUAAGCUUUGAGACUGUUUAUGGAGCUUUUCUUUAUGAUAUAAAGCCUUGUUGCUGUUGAAAGUUGAUUUCAACUCUUGACAGCUUGCCUUGUUGUUGCUUUUUUA